AUGUAUGCUAUAGUCUUCCUCUGCCUCAUGAGCGAAACUAAUCGCUCAGAUGAUCGACUUGGUCUUGUCGUCGCUCCCAGCGAUGUCCGCCUACAGCCAUCAGUCGGAGACAAGUACGCUUGGUCCGUGACGGAAUCUAAGAAGAGCCUGUUGCAGACGAACUUGAGCAGUGGAAGCGUGGGCCUGUACAGGUCCAUUUGCGAGGAGUUGGGCCGGUCGCUUGAGGCAGUUACUCCGCAGACGUUACAGGUUGCCCAAUUGGAACGGGACCAUCUGCCAAGGGAAGAGCCUGGGCCAGCCCGUAGUGACGAGGAGGGAAACGGCUCUUUCACAGCAAAGAUCCGCGAGCUGGAAUGCGCCAAUCAUGAAAUGAAGAACGAGCUUGGCCACACCAGCAUCCAUCUCCAGGAGUCCCUCGGCGAGAAUCGCACAUUACACGCAAAAAUUCGUCAACUUCAGGACGAGUUGGAUAGUAUUUCAUCUCGAGCAACUCAACUAGAAGACGAGUUGGUUCGUAUCAGUGGAGGGAUCACCAAAGCUAUACAGGUGUUGCAGGAGUACGAAGCGCAUGAGGGGGGCAUGCUGCAUGGAGGCAGGCAACGUGAAUAUUGUGCUAGCACAGACAGCAUGGCGCUAGGAAUACCGGCUCCGAUACGCGACGAGGUAUCUUGA